UCUCCUCUCCCUUGUGUUACUCAGCAGAUUUCACACCUCUUCAUGUCCCUCGCAAGAGAUCGUAAUCGAGAAGGCUCACAAGUGUGCCCGCUUGAGCUAUUCGGUAUGAUGCUCCGAGAGGGAGAAACCUCUGAUUCCUUGGGGAGCUACACUGGCAGUCUUCUUCCUUUCCUAUCAGACCCUGGCAAUUCGUCCAGCACUGCGUACGUGCAUGGUACGGUGAAUUCCCCGCCCGAAGAAGUCCUCUCUUUCAUCGACUGUAGAACCACCUCAUCCGAACACUGGGCCUACUCCAACGCUUGGGUGCUUAGUUUCGAGCAAGGCGACGACGAGGGCGAAUGCGCUGCCUGGAUUGACGCCAUGGGUCAGAAUUGCCAGUUGAAUCGCCCUGAUAUCACGCGUCGAACUGCCGAUUCCGGGCCGAUUCAGGAGCUGGAAAGCGGGUAUGGUUCGGUAAGAAGCCCCGUGAAGGAGAAGCCCUGUGCAGCAGCUGCCGUUGAUGGCCUUCAAGAAAGCAUGGAGCAAAAGCGCCCGCGCACGUACGCAUGUGAUAUGCAAAGUCCCAAGAAGCAGUGCGGUAAUGCUAGGAAGACCAAAGACAAGUCUAGCCCAUCCGAGGAUCCUCAGAGUAUUGCAGCAAAGAACCGGAGGGAACGGAUCAGUGAGCGGCUCAAAGUUCUACAAGGCCUCGUUCCCGAUGGCACAAAGGUUGAUUUGGUGACCAUGCUAGAGAAAGCGAUUAGCUACGUGAAGUUCCUUCAGUUGCAAGUGAAGGUGUUGGCAACCGAUGAGUUCUGGCCGGCGCAAGGGGGGAAAGCACCAGAUGUUGGGAAAGCAAAGGAAGCCAUCGAUGCCAUCUUAUCCACUCACGGAGACAGGAACCGCAGGUCUAAGCAGUGACCCAAAACAGCCAUGGAUUGAAGCCAGGAAGGACUUGUUCCCUUUCCCUUUUCAUUUGUAACUCAGAUGUAACGCUAACUGAGUUCAUCAGUGCAAUGAAUUUGGCCUUUUGUCUA